AUGGACUCGGGCAAAAAUGUCAGAGAAGAACUAGGAGGCAUGAACCUUCUCCCCAUCCUAAGGCUCAUCAUCUCAGAGUCACUGUCUUCCUCCAUCUCCUCCUCCUCCUCCUUUGCACUCUGCAUUUGGCUGGGUGCCAAGAUGCAGCCUCCAGUAUCACUUCGAGAUUGUAUCCAAAAGACCUUGAAUGAGUGGAGUUCCCAAAUCAGCCCUGAUUUGAUCAGGGAGUUUCCAGAUGUCUUGGAAUGUACUGUACCUCAUGCAGUAGAAAAGAUAAAUCCUGAUGAAAGAGAAGAAAUGAAAGUUUCUGCAAAACUGUUCAUUGUAGGAUCAAACUCUUCAUCAUCAACAAGAAAUGCAGUUGACAUGGCCUGUUCAGUCCUUGGAGUUGCACAGCUGGAUUCCGUGAUCAUUGCUUCACCUCCUAUUGAAGAUGGAGUUAAUCUCUCCUUGGAGCAUUUGCAACCUUACUGGGAGGAAUUAGAAAACUUGGUUCAGAGCAAAAAGAUUGUUGCAAUAGGUACCUCUGAUCUAGACAAAACACAGUUGGAACAGCUCUAUCAGUGGGCACAGGUAAAACCAAAUAGUAACCAAGUUAAUCUCGCCUCUUGCUGUGUGAUGCCACCUGAUUUGACUGCAUUUGCUAAACAAUUUGACAUACAACUAUUGACUCAUAAUGAUCCAAAAGAACUGCUUUCUGAAGCCAGUUUCCAAAAAGCUCUUCAGGAAAGCAUCCCUGACAUUCAAGCACAAGACUGGGUGCCCCUGUGGCUACUGCGGUAUUCCGUCAUUGUGAAAAGUAGAGGAAUUAUCAAAUCAAAAGGCUACAUCUUACAAGCUAAAAGAAGGGGUUCUUAACUACAACUUGGGAUCAUAACCUACUUACUAACUUGUCGUUUCCUUGAAUAUAAGAUAAAAUUGAGAUGUAUUAAAACCUGGGUACUUCCUGUAAAUGCUGUUGUGGAGGCCGACAUUCUUCAGUUAUAUCUGACAUGUGACCUGUCAAGCUUUGAAUGUUUCUCUUGCCUCCAUACAGUUCACUCACUCGAACCACUGUAUUGUUUUCAUUAAACUAUUGUUUUUUAAUUGAAAUUGCCUAUAAAGAAAAUACUUGCAAUAUAUUUUUCCUUUAUUUUUAUGACUAACAGAAAUCAAGAAAAUUUGUUGUUAGAUAUAUUUUAGGCCUACUCAUCAGGGUAAUGUAUAUACAUAUUUUUUAUUUCCAAAAAUUAAUUAAUGGCUUCUUAUUCUAUAGUAUAAGCAAUUAUAAUUGUUAAGAUUUGAAAUACUGGAAGAUAUUUUUUUUCUGUUAUUAAUAAGAUUAUAUCCAGAGUAACUGGAGUAGCUGGGAUCUACUAGUAGUGUAAAUAAAAGUCAUUUCUUCAGUAUAUGAAUGGAAACGUAAACUUUACAUGUCCUUGCUUGUAUUUACCUAUAAUGAUUUAAUCAUGCGUUCCUGUGCCAUAUUUUCCAUGCAAUGAUUUCCAAGACAAACCAAAGUAAAUCUGAAAGAAGGAGACUAGAAACUUUGAAAUUAUUGUUUGGGGUUUUAUAAAAACAAAUAUUAUCAUCUCCAGAUUCUUUGUAAUUCUUGGUUCAUCCUUAAUAUUUUGGUAUUCAAGAAUAUUUAAUAAGUUUUGAGUGUUUACCAUGUGCUGGGCAAUGUGGGCUGUGAGGAAGGGGGAGAACAAGGAUUCAGAAUCAAUUGAGUAAAAUAUGUAAUAUUUGUCCCCCACUAAUAAUCGACUAGGAGGUACUAAAAGCCAGAAAAGGAGUGAAAAAAAUCUUUAAUUCAGGGUCAACAUUGUCUGUUUAGACAACUUUUUUGAGAUACAGUCUUAACUAUUUAAAAGCAAAAUGGUAUAAUCCAAACUUUAGAGCUAGAAGAGGCUAUAGAUUAUGUAUUGUAAUUCCUCAUUAGCUUAAGCACCAGAAAAUAGCAAAUAAAUAAGCCAUGGCCUUUGA